CAAGAACUCCAGCAGUGGCCACAAACCUGCGUUAGCUCUAAAUCUUACCGGUGAGCAACAGACUUCUUUGCACGCUCUGCCUCAUCUCCUAUCUCAUUUAGAACCCAAAGACUGCUAGAUCCCCCAAGCUGCGCCCAGAUGCCCCUGAACCUACAGGUCUAGAUCUCACUAUCUUGGUGUAUUAUGGACCAUGUUGGUCUUAUCGUUCCGUGGCGCAAUGCCAGUCCGCUUGGUUUGGUUUGAUUUGAUAGGCCUGCUUCUCGGCGGUGGUAACCCGAUUAUGGUCGCGCUGCUCUUGGCUAUGCUUGCCGACGCAGCUACCGAGGAGAAGAGCGUAUGUGGCAACCUCUUAGCCCCUUCAUUGUCCGCUCUAAUGAUGGAGCGAAUGGGUCCAUGGUCACCAGUAUGGGUUGGCGUUGGUCUCCGUGACGCAUCUGUCAUAUCCAUUAUAACGGAUACCGCAAGAACCCCGCAAGAACCCGAAGAACAGCAACCUUCAGAUCAAAACUUGCACCUAUACCACCUCGCCCAUCUUCCACGCAACCUCCUCCUUCAUGGCCCAAUUCAUCUCCAAGCGAUACAGCGUACCUUUAUUCCAAAGCGGAUAUGUCCAGUGCGCCUUCAGUGUCGCCCAGGUGAUCCGAUCCCGCAGGCGUCCUGCCUUGGCUCUCCAAAGCCCUCAUGCAAAGCACCACUCCCCCUAACUUCCGCCCGACCGAUGAUCCCUGGCUUUGUGUUUGGGCUCGGUCUUUUGGCGCUGGGAUCAGACGUUAGUAGUUUGACAAGGAGCUUGAUGAGUCUCUACAUCGACCCGGUACACCGUUUCCACCUGUUUGGCCUAGUCGGCAUGGUUGAUUUGGUGGGAACAAUCUACGCUCAGCUGUUGCUUGCUGGACUCUUCUCGCUGGGCAUGAAGCUCGAAGGUGGGUGGAUUGGGCUUCAGUAUUGCGGGCUGACGCUUCUCAUCGCUGUUACUACGGCCUUGCUUCCUUUGGAGAAAGUGCCGGAAGAGGCCGAGGAUCCAGCCCCGGAGAAUGGGAAUCAUGAGGACUGGGCAUGGUAUGAUUGA